AUGGCGGCGAGAGGUGCUCUGCUCCGAUACCUUAGAGUCAACGUUAAUCCAUCACUUGUGAACCCUUCAAUCGGCGCUCGUGAAUCUGCACUCCCUUUCACUCUACUUCUUCGCCGUUUCUCCGAGGAAGUUCGAGGCUCCUUUCUUGACAAAUCUGAAGUCACAGAUCGCGUUAUCACUGUCGUCAAAAACUUUCAAAGAGUCGAUCCCGCUAAGGUGACACCAAAGGCACAUUUCCAAAAUGAUCUCGGGUUGGACAGUUUGGACAGUGUUGAAGUUGUGAUGGCAUUAGAGGAGGAAUUUGGGUUUGAGAUCCUGGAUAACGAAGCAGACAAGAUCCAGUCCAUUGAUCUAGCGGUCGACUUUAUUGCUUCUCAUCCUCAGGCUAAGUGA